AUGAGUCACACUGUUGAGCUUGUGAUUGCAGCUGGAGGAAUGUGGAUUUUGCUACGCCGCUCAGCUACCGAUGAUACAGCUGUGCCAAAAAUCCAGCACAUCACCAGCCCGCUGCGCAGACGAGCCGGGAGGGUUGGAACUAUAUCACGAUGGGAUGGACGAACAAUCACUGACGAUGUUUACUUUCCGCGGGAUGGCGACUCCAUACACCCGCACCACAUCUCUCUGCCCGAGUCCCGUACCAGCAUCUCUCACGAACAGAAACCCGACUUCUCCGCAACUUCCCCGGUGGGAACCAUCCGCAUAUGUGCGGCACUAUGCGCGUAUCCAUCCGUAUCCAUCCAUGGACAUGAUGGUCCCACGCCCGUUGGCGAUGGUUGCGCUUUCGGUUUCUGCAAAUGUCGCGUGGUCGAUACAACCGCCACUCGAUGCAACGCCAACAUCGAUCACAUGUGUGAACACAAACGCUCAUAG